UCAAUCUUGCUUUGGUUUUACCAUUACACAGAAGGCGAGACCAGGGGAGGGACGGGAGGAAAAUAUCGUCCCGAAGAGUAAAGAUAAGACUGUGUUAGACUUUGGGUACGAAGGGAAAAGCUUGAUUAAUUAUAUUUACGGGUUUUUCGGUCGUGGGUUAAAGGUCUUAGUCGCCCACAUAAUCAUGGCAGAGCAAAGCAGUAGAUACCAGCAGCUGCCCAAUGAGGAGGAGCCUGGAGAGGGUGAGCAGGCAGCGGCCGACGCCCCCCCUCCUUACAGCAGCAUCGCCGCGGACAACGCAGCUUACUUUGACUACAAAGAAGAUGGAGGCUUCCCCAAGCCGCCCUCGUACAACGUGGCCACGUCACUGCCCUCCUACGACGAGGCGGAGAGGUCCAAGGCCGAGGCCACCAUCCCACUGGUGGCUGGAAGAGACGAUGACUUUGUGGCGAGGGAUGACUUUGAAGACGCCGACCAGCUGCGGAUAGGGAACGAUGGCAUCUUCAUGCUGACUUUCUUUAUGGCAUUCCUCUUCAACUGGAUCGGCUUCUUCCUGUCCUUCUGCCUGACCACCUCCGCCGCCGGGCGCUAUGGCGCCAUAUCCGGCUUCGGCCUGUCGCUAAUAAAAUGGAUCCUCAUCGUCCGGUUCUCUACCUAUUUCCCCGGAUACUUCGAUGGCCAGUACUGGCUGUGGUGGGUGUUCCUGGUCUUGGGGUUCCUCCUCUUCCUCAGGGGUUUCAUCAACUACGCCAAGGUUCGCAAAAUGGCCGACUCCUUUUCAACCCUGCCCCGUACCAGAGUCCUCUUCAUCUACUAAAGCUGUUUUCAUUCACUUUUUUAAAUAAAUGAAAACACAAAACUCCUUCCUGUGUUUAGUACCCUGGAUGCAGCGAGAAAACAAGAAGAAAAACAAACCAACCCCACAAUCAGAAUUCUGCUGCACACCUGCAGGAAGUUCCCAAAACGACACUGUAGAACACUACAGGAAAUGUCAAAAAAUCCCGCUUUGAAUUGCACCGUUCUAUUAACGAAUGAGACAUGACUUUCUAUAUGUUUCUAGAUGUACAAUUUUACUAGUGGAUGCUGAAAAAAAAAAAAUCUGUAACCAUUCUAGUGGCUAAUGUCAAGUGCUGUUUGCAAUCAAGUUUGUGAUGUAUGAAUAAUGCCUUAUAUAUUAUCUGUUAAUAGUUGAACAGUAGCAUGCACUUUGCCCCUUUAGCCAGUAGAGGGCAGUCUCGUUUCUCGUUUUCUUUUCAUAAUGCAGUUCUGAUUGGGAAGCAGCCUCUUGCUGGCUUGGAAUCACGAUUCACAUGGGGUGGGGUGGGGGGUAAUGGGGGUUUAAAUUUUAAACGCGGUGUUUUUUCGUUGUACAUGAUGAAGUUUAAAGCUUCUUUAAAGCUGUGGGGAAGGUGUGGUGUUAUCUCGCAGGUGAGGCGUGUGUGCCCUGAGCACUCGUAGGGAACACAGCGGGCUGGUUUGAGAGGUGAGGACGCUGAGGGACGCCGUGCGAUGGUGUGUUUUACAGCCGUGUGGACCGAGGCCCAGGGCAGUACUACAGGCCUGUCCUCCCCUCCCCUCCCCUUACCAAAACCAGAAAACGGUAGGAUUUUUACCCCAGCCACGGGUUUUAACCCAGCGCCUAAAUGAACUGCGUGCGUAAGAGCACAGCGUGCUGGUUUUGAGUGGGCGCACUUGUUUUGCAAGCUUUGGGGCCGGUUUUGAAUGGGCUUCCGCCUCCCGUUGCCCCCGGUCACCCUGUGGUCGCAGAGGUCAGUGAGUUACGAGCGCACCUGUUCACUGCCCCCAAAGCAACCCCCCCCCCCCCCACCCCGAGUUUCCGCCUGCUCCCGCCUCAGACCAGAGCGUGACACAGCCCCCCCC